UCCGCAACGAAAUACAUAAUAAUUAAGUAUUUUAAGUAGUAUGGAAAAACACAUGGUCGAAGCUGUGUAGCUGUUGUACUUUACAAGAUUUAUAAUACAUUUUGUAAUUGAACAAAUGGUUAAUAUUGUUUGACAGAAGAUGGCUCGUCCAUUUCUGAGCCUGUGUUUGCUAUUGCUAACAUUAAAGCAAUGCUCAUCAUUUAGUGUGGAAUACGCCCUGGAGAGGGUGGAUAGUGUAGAAAGCAGACUUGAAGCGAUUCACAAGUUGCGACGUGCCGAUCUCGCAGAAAUAUUCAGCAAGAUGUAUGCAUUAGACAACAAAAUGAACAUGUUAAAUAUGAAAAAGGAUAACUCUAACAGUGAGAGAAAGGUGGAAGUAGUAAAGGGAAUAAAGAGCAAAGGAAUUGCUGAUUAUCUUCUAAAAGGGGCGGCUGCGGAAAAACUUGAAAACAUUAAAACUAGAGAGAUACUGACAAAUAUGGUGAAGUCUGUCGCAGAUAAUAAUAUAAACAAUACAGCGCAGUUACAAAACGUAAUAUAUGAAUUGGAAAACGAAAUUGCAACGUUGGUAAAUAAAGAGUUGUUGGACACAACAGUGGAAAACAUGAAGAAACAAUGGGCAAGUGAGAUACAAUCACUCAAGUCUGAGUUAGAAAUAAGGAAAGAACAAGAACAAGCAUUAAUGAAUAAAAUUGACUCAUUAACAAUUCAACUAAGUGAGUAUAACAAGAGUCUUCUUAAGUAUCAAGAAAGGGAGACACAGAUGGAAACAAUUUUGUCAUGCUCUAACCCAACGCAAUUAAAUAAGCAAAAAAGUGGUGUUUAUAUUCUACAGAAUGGUCUAAGAGUUUAUUGUGAUCAGGUUACUGACGGCGGAGGAUGGACGGUAUUCCAGCGUCGUAAAGACGGGUCUGUGGACUUUGAACGUAAAUGGGCAGACUACAAAGCAGGUUUUGGGGAUUUGGAAGGCGAAUUCUGGCUUGGAAACGACAACAUACAUUUGCUAACAGCAACUGGGAAUCAUGAGUUACGAAUCGAUAUGGAAGACUUUGAGGGAAACAAGGCAUAUGCAACAUACAGUAGUUUCAAAAUAAAGUCAGAAACGGAGAACUACGCCAUUGAAGUAAGCGGUUAUAGCGGUGAUGCGGGAGACUCUCUCAUCAGGCAUCAUAAUGGGAGGGAAUUCUCUACGAUAGACAGGGAUAAUGAUGAAUCAGCCAGAAUGUGUGCUAAGACAUAUAGAGGUGCGUGGUGGUAUUCAAACUGUCAUGCUUCCAAUCUAAAUGGAUUUUAUUAUAAUGGUGCUAACUCCCCUGCAAGAGAGUGCAUUAACUGGUAUUACUGGAAAGGAACAAAUACAUACUCACUUAAACACGUGGAAAUGAAGCUUCGGUAAAAGUUUGAUACUUCAUCAUCAAUGCGGAAUAUCUACACUCGGAUAUGAUAUUUUUCCUAAUAUGAGUGUAAGUGACAUGGCAAAAAUAGAUAAAGUUAAUUUUAUAUCAGCAUUGCAGUAUUAGCUGAUGGAUUCAUAAAGAUUUUUAUAUCAAAUAUAUGACUAAUCGUAUGUUUUAACGGCUUUGGCUGGUGUCAGACUGACAAACUUGUGAAUACCACGUGAUUUUAACAAUCGAAAAGUUGACUUCGUUAGAAGCAUAGUUUUUUCAUAAAGUUUUCCUGUAGUUACUACAUGUACAUUCAGUGAUAUUUACAAAUAAUUAUGUUCAA